UUUCUAGCCUCAUUAUUCAUUAUGAAUCAAAAGUGUUACAGGAAAUCGGGGAAUAGUUACCAGCUUGUUGCAACUUUGUAAUGCGGUUGGGUGGACCGCUGACGGUGUUGAGUCGAGUGCAAUUUACGCUCCCCAAAAAGUGCUAAAAAUAGCAAGGGGAGGGCAAUAUUUGCCUAGCAGCGUCUCCUGCAUUUUUCGGAGAAGAAGAGCUUAGUAGAAAAGUGCGCAACUGGCCCGAUGCUUCUUCAUUGUAGGUAUCUACCUAUACCUACCUAGUUUAACGAAAUGAUAAGCUCAUCAACAGGUGUCCAGCAGGCAGAGAUUUGAAUUCGAAAACAUUUUCAAGGAGACAAUUCUUCAGUCUGUGGCUGGCGGUCGGACGCGCCGGGUGACAUUAUUUUAAUUAACGAGCAAAAAAUCGCCAAAAUUAUCGCUGAAGUAGCAUAAUUUUUUCCGAACCUAAAUGGGAGUGAACUCUUCGAUUGUAGUGUAUCAAUUCAUUCGACGUUUUUUGAAUGGGUACGAUUCCUAUAGGCAAAACAGUGAACUGCAGUAAGCAAACGAAGCACUAAAUUCAGCUGUUGUGAGACAAUCAGGGACCGUUUUGUUGAAAUAGCUCAGCGCGGUCAGCAUUUUUCGUCAUCGGCAACCCAGCUUAACAAGUGCCAUAAACGGUUUCAGUAAUCAGUUCUUCGUCGUGAUAAUGCAGUUUAGCGGCCGCUCGAUAGCAGCUGUGCAGCGCAGUGAUUCUCGAUGAUGAACUCGUGAGCAAAAAGGGUGGCGACAAUUUUUAUUCGGCAUUAUCAAAUUGCACGGGGCGGCCGGCCUUCACGAAAGAACAGCUGAUAACGUGGAAAAAAGAACAAAAAACAGUUGUGGAUUAAAUCAUUGACGCUUCCGAUUCAUUGACUCGAGGGAACAAGUGGUGUAGUUUAUCGUGAAUCAAGUGGCUGUGUUUACCUUUCGAUUCAGCUGUAGGGUCCAGUGAGUUUCCUAUCGAUUCAUGGAGUAUCAAGAAUACUAUAUGUAGUGCAUUUCACUUCUAAUCAAGUGGGAGCUUUGAAGCGAUUGUCUACGUGACUUGUGUGAUUAGACUCUGGAUGUUCCUGUGGAAUAACUGACCCAGACGGUUGUAGCCGCCAAGAAUUGGACAGAAUGGCCGAGCCCGCCCAACUACGUCCACCUGAUGGAGGCUGGGGAUGGAUGGUGGCUUUUGCCUAUGGAAUGGCCAAUAUCAUGAUCGUGCCGGUGCUGCAAAGUUUCGGCCUCAUCUUCAAGGAUACCUUCCGGGAGCUCCAGAUCUCGGCAACGGAUGCUUCCCUCAUCAUCAAUCUGGCAUCGGCUGUCGGCAUGACUUUCGGACUGUUCAACGGACCUCUGCUACGAAGUUUUGGCUUCCGCAAAGUGGCCACCCUUGGCGGAGUAAUGUUCUCACUCGGACUUAUGGCUACAUCCAGUGCCGAACGAUUUGCCCACUUCAUCAUUACCUACAGUAUUAUUGCUUCACUCGGAAUGGGAUUCUGCAAUUCAUCGUUUUCGCUGGCCUUGAAUACAUAUUUUGUGACCCGAAGGAAUAAAGCAGCCGGUAUGGCUAUGACCAUCACAGGACUUGGGCCAAUUUUGCUACCUCAACUAGUGUCACUUUUGGUAUCACUCUAUGGUCCCCGGAACUGUUUGCUCAUUAUUGGAGCCUUAUCUACGCACAUCAUUGCUGCAGCUCUUCUUCUACAGCCCGUCAAACGUCACAUGGUUCCAGUGGUUCCAAAAGAAACCGCAAAUGGGAACGCAUCUGAGGCUAUGUACUCAGCUGUCGAAGUAUCCCAUCAGCAAAUCACUCAAGCAGAUAGUAAAUGGGAGAUCGAGUCCGAUGACGAGGAAGGGUAUUUGGACAAGCAAAGCUACAUCGCCAAUCACGAAAUCGAUGCCCAAAGUAUCUACGGAUUUGAGCAAACAUCGCAGCUUAGGAAGCAGGAUUUCAUGAUUGGUGCAGUCCUGCUGCCGAGAACCAAAAGUGAAGUGAUCAAUCCCAUUCGAAGUCGACCUUCAGUUGCGGAGAUGCUGGUCUUCAAAACGUACUCACAAAACUUCGAACCAGAUUCGAAGGAUUCGAAACCGAAGCGCUGGUUUCAAGCCGGUUCGAGUGAAAGCGUCCAUCUGGGCAGCUCGAUGAAACUUUUCUCCUCCAACCCGGAUCGACGUCGUGGUUCCCUGGAUGAUUGCGGCCAGCAGAGGCGCAAACUUUCGGGUGCCUUUCUGGGUAGAACUUCACCAAGACCACAUAAACGAUGGUUCGAGCAAUCGGAGGAUUCAAUUCAUCUGGGAAGUUCGCUACGGAUUUUUGAUGACCGAACGCGCCGAAACUCCCAUGCAAGCUGUCGAGAUAUUUCACUUCCGGUGCCAGCCCUAUCGCAACCAAAGCUCGCGGUUCUAAGUGAAAAUCAGGGCUUGACCGAUGAAAACAGGCUUCCAUCGAUAAUGCGCCAAAUCGAACGACCUACCUCACCAAAACAACAACCCCUCAAAACGACUACCUUCGAUUUUAGCAAAUCGAAAAAUGGUGCCCCGGUGAAGUCUCUGGAGCCACCACCUGAAUACCCUAGGAAGGAAACCAUACUUACAAAAAUUGUAGCCAUUUUUGAUCUCACCUUGUUGAGGGACAAGGUCUACGUCAACAUGAUGCUUGGAAUGUCGAUCGCGGUCUUCGCCGAAAUUAACUUCUCACUGCUGACUCCGUUUAUUCUGAACGAUCUGGGUUACGAAACAAAACAGAUCGCUUCCAUCAUGUCUACCCUGGCCGUGGCAGAUCUCGUUUUCCGGUUCAUAUCGCCUUUUGUGGGCGAUUUCCUCAAACUGAGCCCCCGCAUCAUGUACAUGAUCGCACUGACCAUGUUGAUCGUCACCCGGUUUAGUAUCCUACUGGCACAAAACUAUACCGAAAUGAUGGUAGUGGCAUUCUUCCUGGGAGUGGCCAAGGGUGUUCGAACCGUCUACAUGAGUCUGGUGAUUCCCAGUUACAUCCCACUGAAACGAUUGCCAGCAGCUUCCAGUAUCCAAAUGAUGACCAAUGGCAUUAUCCUGAUGACGAUUGGGCCGCUGGUCGGUCUGCUGCGGGAUCUGUCCGGGACUUACUCGAAAAGUAUCAUCUUUAUCAAUGCAUUUACUAUAGUGACGCUGCUGAUGUGGGCCAUCGAGAUGGUAUAUGUGAGGCAGCAAAUUCGGCGGAGAGAGCGAGAGGAAUCGGAAAAGGACGAUGCCGUGGAUUUGUGAUGGUGGUUAAGGCGGCACUUUAAUGCAGUAUCCACCGCGAUCGGUGUUCUCGAGGCUACUUUACCAGUGAG